UCAUCGAAUCUCGAACUGUUGAAUCUGAUCUCUGAAGAUCAAAGUCCUUAUCUCUUCAAAUAUCAACACAUACAAAACCAAAUCCAACACCCCUUUUGUCUCUCCUUCUCUCCUCCCAACUUCAAUUCUUAAAGCACUGCAAAAAUGGAGGCUUUAACAGGUUCAAGAGUUUGUUUCCCCUGCAUAAAACCCCCAACAAUAAAACAACAACAUCAUCAUCAUCAUCUUCAUUUCAGAAGGCAACAAAGGUUGAUGCUCACUAAAGCCUCCAUUGCAGUCGAGCAAAAAACCCCACAAAACAAAGUUGCCCUUGUUCGAAUUGGCACUCGAGGAAGUCCCUUAGCACUUGCUCAAGCUUAUGAAACGCGUUCAAAGCUCAUUGCAGCUCACGAGGAGCUGGCUGAGGAGGGAGCCAUUGAAAUUGUGAUAAUAAAAACAACUGGUGACAAGAUACUAACUCAACCGCUGGCAGACAUUGGUGGGAAGGGCCUGUUUACAAAAGAAAUUGAUGAGGCCCUCUUGAAUAAUGAUAUUGAUAUUGCUGUCCACUCCAUGAAGGAUGUUCCUACAUAUCUACCAGAUAAGAUAAUUCUACCUUGCAACCUUGAGCGUGAGGAUGUUCGUGAUGCUUUUAUUUCCACCACUGCAGCUUCUGUAGCUGACCUUCCAGCUGGUAGUAUUGUUGGUACUGCGUCACUGAGAAGGAAAUCUCAAUUACUACAUAGAUAUCCAUCCCUCAGUGUAUUGGAUAACUUCCGUGGCAAUGUACAAACACGUUUGAGAAAGCUUAACGAAGGCUUGUGUCAAGCAACACUAUUGGCAUUAGCUGGACUAAAGCGCUUAAAUAUGACUGAAACUGUUACUUCUGUUCUUUCAAUAGAUGAUAUGCUUCCAGCUGUUGCUCAAGGGGCCAUUGGAAUUGCUUGUCUGAAUAAUGAUGACAAAAUGGUAAACUAUCUUGCCUCACUAAAUCACGAGGAAACUCGAUUAGCAAUUGCGUGUGAGAGGGCUUUUCUUGAGACCUUGGACGGGUCUUGUCGUACCCCUAUUGCUGGAUAUGCUUGUAGAGAUGAAAAUGGGGACUGCUUUUUCAGGGGGCUUGUGGCUUCUACAGACGGAAAGCAAGUAAUCGAGACUUCUCGAAGGGGUUCAUAUGCUUUUGACGAUAUGGUAUCAAUGGGAAAAGAUGCUGGAAAGGAGCUUCUCUCAAGGGCUGGUCCUGGAUUUUUUGAUCCGAGAUAAUCUUUGCAAGUAAGCCAAUCUUGUUGUAGCAGUAGCAUGGUGAUUUGAGGCGUUGCAGAUUGAUUCUGUUGUAGCAAUAGCAUGGUGAUUUUCUGUAGGCUUUUGUAGAUUUAGGAUUUGCAUCUUUCAAGUUAAGCUCAUAUGAGGAAAUACAAGUACUAAUCCUAUUUAUGGUUGGUUUACUUUUUUUGAUUUUCCCAUUUGUUGGUUUGAUUUGGAUCCAUUUUUGGUGUUCAUCCCUUCUUUUUUAGCAGACUUGUCACACUAAAAGUUUCCACAUUGUUAAUGGUUGGUUGGAGGAUCGGAGGUGCAUGGAUGAUGGAACAAUACAUUUGAAGUCCUUUCUAACUUUCAUGCCGUUUGGCGUGAAGUAAGAGGAUCUUCAUUUGAAGGGUGGGGAAUUACUCAAGAAUUUUUGUGAUUAUUUAUUAUCAGUGUAAUUUUCUUUUGAAAAGAAUAAUCUCAAGUUUCACUUAUCUUGUUAAAUUAAAUCUAUUAUCUGUCAAUUAUACAAGAGUAAUUCCAAGUUUUAAUAGUA